AUGAGGUGGUUCUUGAAUAAUAAUGAAACGGAACUUGAUAUGGUACCUGACACACGACAUAAAAGAUCAAUAUCAUCGGAACAUACGAUUACCGUAGAUGCUAUCGUAGGUAAAGAUGGAUCAAGUUUCUCAUUACAACAUUCACUUUAUUAUUUUUGUUCAACUGACAAAUGUAAUGGUCCAAGCUCCUUGAAACGUUUACUUCAAUCAUUAACGUUGACUGAUCAAUUUAUGGAAUUAAUAGAUUUAUUGAGACCAAGUACACAGUUCGAUGGACAUUGGUGUUUGCUACUUUCGAAUCAAACUACUGAAGCUUGUAAAGUACCUGUAGUAGUAGAUCCAAAUAAUUGUAAACAAUGUUCAACGACAUUUAUUAGUGAAUCAAAAACCAUUGGUAGUAUAUGUGCAGGUUGUUAUACUGAUGAUGUACACCAAGAAUUUCUGGGACGUGAAAUUCUUUUUAAUUUAACCGACCAAACACAAACAGAAAUUGAAAUGAUUAACUGUCGAUCCGAAAAUUGUAAUUCACUUCGUACUAUUGAUCUUAUUCGUGGAAAAAUCAGCAAGGCGUCGACAAUGACAGAUCAAAAGCGUAUGACUUUAGUGACUGGAGUAUAUAAAAGCAUUGGUUUUAAAGUUGUAAAAAAAUCACUUCAGCAAUCUUCAAAAACCAAUGAGAUUAUUCUUCUUGGUUGUCGAGAUAUCAAACGUGGUCAAGAUAUCAGUGUGAAGCUUGUAUCACGAAACUGA